AUGUCUCACCAUCACCAUCAAAAUACACUUGCUGUUGAUAAUACUGUAAAUCUUCUUCUCUUAGGUAUUUCAGAGUCAGGUAAAAGUACAUUAUUUAAACAAGUUAAAAUUCUUCAUCAAAAUGGUUAUUCCAAGGAAGAAUUAAUGAGUUUCAAAAUUACCAUUCAAAAUAAUUUAGUUUUAGGUAUGGCAGCUCUUAUUGAUGCUGCACAACAAUUGAAUUUCAUUUCUCCACAAACAAUAACACAACAAGGAUCUACAACAACAACAACAACAACAACAACGGAAGAUUCUGCAUUGUAUGAACAUAUUGCAACAAUUUUAAAACGAUCAUCUUCUGCUGAUACACUCGCUUUUGACUCUACAAAAUUGGUAUCUAUUCAAUACGUUUGGAAACAUGAAAAGAUCCAACAAGCUUAUCAUCAAAGACAUUCUACCUAUCAAAUUAUUGACAACUUGAAUUACUUUUUAGAUGAUUUGGAUCGUAUUGGUUCUAGUCAAUAUGUACCAACUAUUGAUGAUAUUCUUCAUUGUAGAUUGAGAACUACUGGUGUUCAUGAAACUAAAUUUGAAUUUGGUGGUUUGGGUAUGCGUUUAGUUGAUGUAGGUGGACAAAGAAAUCAGAGAAAGAAGUGGAUUCACGUUUUCGAUAAUGUAACAGCCUUGAUUUUUGUUGUAUCACUAGUUGAGUACAAUCAAGUAUUGGAAGAAGAUCCAAGUACCAUUAGAAUGAAUGAAUCAAUGUUAUUAUUCGAAGAAUUGGUGAAUUGUAGUGUUUUUUAUGAUAAACCAGUGAUGCUCUUCCUUAACAAGGUUGAUUCCUUCAAUGAAUUGAUCAAGAAGGUUGAUAUUUCCGAGACUUGCUUCAAAGAUUAUAGUGGUAAGAAGAAUUCUGCUCCUGAUGCCAUCAAAUUCAUAGAACAAAAAUUCAAAUCACUCCGUGAAAACAAGGAUGCUGAUGUUUUUACCGAAGUAACUUGUGCUAUUGAUACCAAUAAUAUUAGGAAAGUAUUGGAAAAUUUAAAGACAAUCAUUUUGAAGGAAAGUCUUUCAUCCAAGUAAAUUUAAUACUGUAUUAUUAUU